CCAUGGGCCAGGAUGGAUCUGCUCAACAUCUGCAUGGAUGCCAAACACCACAAGACAAAGCCAGGCUCUGAGGACAAGCUCCAUGACCAAUGCAGUCCCUGGAAGAAGAAUGCCUGCUGCUCCGUCAGCACCAGCCAGGAGCUGCACAGGGACACCUCCCUCCUGUAUAACUUUAACUGGGACCACUGUGGCCAGAUGGAGCCCGCCUGCAAGCGCCACUUCAUCCAGGACACAUGCUUGUAUGAGUGCUCCCCCAACCUGGGGCCCUGGAUCCAGCAGGUAGACCAGAGCUGGCGCAAAGAACGUUUCCUGGAUGUGCCCCUGUGCAAAGAGGACUGUCAGAGCUGGUGGGAAGCCUGCCGCACCUCCUACACUUGCAAGAGCGACUGGCAUAAGGGCUGGAACUGGACCUCAGGAUCUAACAAGUGUCCAGGUGGCAUGUCCUAG